GAAGCAAUGACAAGACCAGACUAUCAGCCAUUGGUAGAUAAUAAAAGAAUAAUAGAGAAAUUACAAGAAAGAAUAACAUUGAUGAAUAUGGAACUAAUUACUGAAAGAGAACGCAAUGAGAAGAUUAUAAAAGAUAUUAAAGAUUUGAAAGAGACUGAGGGUGAAGAGAUUGAGUAUGAUAGUCUGAGUGAUGAUGAAGUGGAGAAUCAAAUUUGUGCAUUCAAAGUGCAUUGCAAACAUCCUGUUACUGGUAAAUUAAAGAAGUCAACACUUAGAGUUCAUAAAGAUGAAUUACUACCCACAGUACUGGAUAAAGCUUAUGAGUUAAUGGAAUUAGCUCCUCAUAUUCCUAUUGAGAGAUGUCGUUUAGUUAACUAUGAUUAUCAGAAUGAUGUAAUGCAUCAGUCCUUUGAUCAUGAUGAAUCUCAGCAUCUAACUAUUGGAGAGAUUGCUGGUGGGGAUGGAGCUUAUUAUUAUUUUAGACUAUUCUUAGAAACUCGUAAAGAAAAUGAAAAAUUUAAGAAAUACAAAAAUGCCUCUGAUGAACUACUAUCUACAUUCAAUGGUGUACAUGUAUAGGUAUUAAUCUAAAG